AUGGACUUUUCAAUAUGUCAGGAUUGUUUGGGGGAUCAAACACGGUUGACCAGAGCUCAAAACGGUGCAGAAUGCAAGAUUUGCACACUUCCCUUUACGGUGUACCAUUUCAAAGCAAAUUCAAAGGUCAACAGAACACUUAUAUGCCAUAAUUGUUCCAAACAACGCAAUGUGUGUCAAUGUUGCAUGCUGGACCUGCAAUGGCAUAUACCUAUAGAGCUGCGAGACCGAAUUUUAUCUUCAGUUCAGGGAACUCAGGUGGCUACACCUGAGGCCCAAAAUGAGAUGAUGAAAAGAUUCAUCGCGUUGAAAAACGGCGACAAGUACAAAGUCGGUGGGGCGUCUGUGACGAGUGAUGCCUUGGCAAGUGCUGAGGCAGUCGAAAGAAUACGAAAAACCGUGGACGAAGCACAGGAACUGGGUGACAAACGAAAGUCAACGAAAUCGCGAUCAUCGUCAUCACCAUCAUCGGACAGAGAUGUCGAUAUAUCACAUCUGAUCAAAAAACUGCCUUUAAAGGGCUCUCUGGAGCCUGCAACAUCCUUUUUCAUAUACAACCUAGACCCCUCGAUACCGGAAUGGGCUAUUGUCGAAACGGUGUCAGAGCUUGUGGGAACCACAACCUGGCAAGAUCCCAAUUCCACGUCCAUAGCCAUCAACCAUAUGGCGAGGUGUGGAGGGUUGAGAUUCAAGUCCAUGGACCUAGGUGAAAAGUUCAGGCUUGCUCUUCAAACUUUCCAAACGCCCACGAAAAUCGUCAAGGGCAAACUUCAGGUGCAGAACUCCAAGCUACACUGUGUUGCAUGGCCACAAUUCCAUCGUUCAGCCCUAGGAAUCAACAAUUUCGAGUGUCUCAAACUAGCUCAAAAUCUCGAUAUUCUAGUGCAGAAGGACCUAUCUGCUUCGGAAGCUUCCAAAGCUGCUUCAAAACCACUUAAGGUGGGUAAAUCUAGUAAAGGAAGCUCUUCUAAAAAAGCUAAAAAGCCAAGACGCAUAGUUGACAUCGAAUUGUAA